CUGUGAACCAUGGUUGCGCCGAGGCCAACUAAAACUAACCCGCAGGAGUAUCUCAAGAUUGUGAAGAAAAAACUUAAAAACAAACAUGACGUCUAUAUAAGGUUUCUUGAGGUCAUGACAGCUUUCACAGCUAGGAGGAUGGAUUCGUAUAUUGUAAGAUCAGUGGUGAAAGAACUCUUUAAGGAAGACAAGGAACUGAUUUCGGGUUUCAAUGCAUUUUUGCCAAAGGAACUCAGGAUAAAACUCGACGGUGAACAAACUACACCAAUAAUGUCUGAUGAGUAUUGGAAAGCUCUUGAUUUUGUCAAGAAGGUUAAGAAACAGUUUCAGGACGAUGUUCGUAUAUACAAAUCAUUUGUGAAUAUUAUGGACAUGUUUAUGAAGGAAAAAAAGAGCACUGCUGAGAUCUGCCAUGAGGAUGCUUAUUUUAUAGGUAACUAUCCUAUUCCGGGACCAUCACGACUUGCGUGUGGAUUUUUAUCACUUUCUCCCUCAGAAUCUCUUUCGAAAGAGAGAAUGAGAUGA